GUUUGUUUCUGUAUACUCUGAAACAAUUUAGAAACAACAUGAUACUGCAUUCUCAUCAGUUAGACUGCUGGUUAGUUAAGGUACAUCUCGCGUGUGCUCAUAAGCAUGCUUACUUCAAAAUCUGUUUGGUCAGAGCGGAUAAUUAUUACUUAGUUAACAUAACAAAUAUUAAGUCUCAUUCUCUUGGUCUGGACGUUCUGCGUGUUGUCAGUCAGCAGGCUGCUGUGCCUGUUCUGUGUGUUUAAUAAAACUCAAAGCAAAAUCCUGUGUUCAUGACUUCCGGGAACAGGAUGUCCCUCUGAAAACUCUCUCUCAGACGGAAGUUGCAAAACUUACUCUUCACAAUUCAUCUCUCUCUCUGAUUUGGAGAAAGCAGGACAAAUCUUCAUCAGCUUCCCACUUACUGAAAGAUGUCAGCAAUUGGAGUAGUGUCCUCCUGUUCCUGUCUCCGUCCUGGAGUAUGGCUGCUGAAACCAGGAAUGCAGAAGAUGAACUCCUUUGGCUUACAUACAGCAGCCAGGUGUGCUGCCAAGGAUUAUUACGAAGUACUUGUAUUGGGUGGAGGCACUGGUGGAAUCACCAUGAGUGCUCGGAUGAAGAGGAAAGUGGGGGCAGAAAAUGUGGCUGUUGUUGAGCCAAGUAAGACUCAUUACUAUCAGCCACUGUGGACCCUGGUUGGCGGUGGUGCAAAGCAACUGGCAACUUCUGCACGUCCAACAGGAAGUGUAAUGCCUAAAGGUGUUGAGUGGAUCAAAUCUCGAGUUACAGCCUUGGAUCCAGAUAAGAACUGUGUCUGGCUGGAGAAUGAUACCAAGAUAUCUUACAAGUAUCUCAUAAUUGCCCUUGGGAUUAGUCUGCAUUAUGAAAAGAUCAAAGGCUUGCCUGAGGGUUUUCAUCACCCUAAAAUAGGUUCCAAUUAUUCAGUUCAUACGGUAGAGAAAACAUGGAAAGCUUUACAAGAUUUCAAGGAAGGAAAUGCUAUCUUCACUUUUCCAAAUACUCCAGUGAAGUGUGCAGGGGCUCCUCAGAAGAUCAUGUACUUAUCAGAAGCCUACUGGAGGAAAACAGGAAAACGUUCCAAAGCAAACAUAAUGUUCAACACUUCACUUGGUGUCAUUUUUGGUGUUAAGAAGUAUGCUGAUGCAUUGCUUGAAAUAAUAAAGGAGAGGAAUAUUGCUGUUAACUAUAAGCACAACCUUGUAGAAGUUCGAGCAGACAAGCAGGAAGCUGUGUUUGAAAACUUGGACAAACCUGGAGUGACUGAAGUUCAUCAGUAUGAAAUGCUUCAUGUCACACCCCCCAUGGGGCCUCCUGAUGUUCUCAUCAACAGUCCUGUCUCAGAUGCAAUUGGCUGGGUGGAUGUAGAUAAGGAAACUCUACAACACAAAAAGUAUCCUAAUGUGUUUGGUAUUGGAGACUGCACCAACCUUCCAACAUCAAAAACUGCUGCAGCUGUAGCUGCCCAGUCUGGAGUGCUUGAUAAAACUAUUUCCCUGGUAAUGAAGAACCAGUUGCCGAAUAAAAAGUACGAUGGAUAUACUUCCUGUCCGCUAGUAACAGGCUAUAACAAGGUGAUUCUAGCAGAAUUUGACUACGACGCUCAACCUUUGGAGACCUUUCCCAUUGACCAGAGUAAGGAGAGAGUAACCAUGUACCAUAUGAAAGCUGAUAUGAUGCCUUUUCUCUAUUGGAACGCGCUACUGAAGGGCUACUGGGGAGGACCAGCUCCUGUCAGGAAGCUAAUGCAUCUGGGCUUGAAAUAACUGCUCCUUCUCAGUGCUGGUCAAACCCUUUUGAAGAAGGACUGAUUUCACAGUGGAUCAAUAUGUACCUUCCCUCUUGGACCAUAUACUAGACUUUUUCUAAAGAUCAAGCUUUUGUCCUAUAUUUGUCCUCCAUUCACUUUCUUUCCUACUAGGAAUUAAGUUGCUCUUCUAUGUAAACCCUAGCCUUAAACUACUUCUGUACAUUCCCAGGAGUUUAGACUUGCAUUAAGCUACAGGACACUACUGCAAUCUUCUCAAAGAAUCACUCAUUUUAAAGCUGUUGUAUAUGCAAAUUUUUCUCACUGACUGAACUGAAUUAAUCAACGUGUGCACUGGAUUUAAGGAAAUAGCAAUGCUAGUAAAAUAGCCUGAAAAUC